AACAAUUGUUGUCUCCACUUAUCAUUUGUUAUUUGUAAACUUACGUAACAUCAAAAAUGUCACCAAGAUUCAAACUGCUCGAUAAACUACAGUUCACUUUACAAAAAAUUUUCAUACCGAAACCAAGAGAAAAAUUUGUACCAGUUAUAAAAGAUACAUCAUCAGUUCCCAAAGAAGUGAAUGCAGGAUCAUUUCUGAAAGAAAAAGUUAAGCCAAAAGUACUGCCGGAAGAAAAGAUUCGUUUGGUGGACGUGAAAGAAAAAACGACAGCUGAAAUAGAACGCAUAGCGUACGAAAGUGAGAAGCAAUUAUUCACAAUCACUGAGAGAGAGCGGGAUGCGUCAGUUACGAGCAGACUCUCCAAGGAGUGCGAAAAGAUUUCAAAAGAUGGAAGGGUGAGGGUAUCAAGUUAUGGUUUGUUUUCUUACAUUUUUACUACCGCACUUCUUGAGCAUCGACAUGGACAGAUUCUGUGAAAGAAAUCAUUCUAGGUUGUGAGGUUACUGUAGACCAUAUCCAGAGGUAUUGGCUAUUAGGUCUUACGAAAUUGAAAUUAAAUUAUUUUGAAACUGUAGGAGUACUAAUUUUAACUCGUCUUAUCAAAACAUAUAAACCUAUUAUUAAAGAUCUAAAAUAAAUUCAAGUUCAAGCCCUAACCAUCUUUAUAGGUAGUGCUGACCUCAACAGGUUUGAACGUAUCACAGACCAGAAAAGGUCGUAAGUCUGACCUUGCAUGUAUCCCAGAUUACGUAAAACCAACAAAAGUCGUGACAAAAGCCCCUGAUGGGAAGGCCCCUCCCGGAAAAGGCGGGCCAUCAUCAUCAAGCAGCGACAUUUCUGGCCCAACCAAAUCGGUAGGAGGGAGACCCACUAGAGGAUCGCCUGGAGAGGUGCUUUUUGCAUGCUUUCCUGUGGAAUGGUGGACGUUUUUCGUUCCCAAGACUGGAUACACUGGAUUUUGGACUUUUAUUAGUUUAUCGAUGGCCAUCAUAUGUUGGGCAACAGUGAAAUAUCUGGGACCCGAUGUGGCGCGAUUUCUAGACAAGCAGAUUGCAGACUAUGAGGCAGAGUGGAACAAAGGUCGGAAAGAUGCUAAAAGGAUUUUGCACGAACAAAUAGAGGAAGAAGUUCUCCACCAAUUUCAAGCAGAUGGACAGUUGAUGUUGAUUGCAGCUAAAAGAGAGAAUGUGGCGCUGCAGUUAGAAGACGAGUAUAGGAAACGACAGGUACACGCGCACAAAGAAGUGCUGAAAAGACUCAAUUAUCACGUGGCUGUGGAUUUGGUGCACAGAAGGAUCAUGCAUAAGAAUCUUGUUCAAUGGGUACAAAAGGAAGUUUUGGGCACUUUGUCUUCGGAACUGCACAACCAAAUCAUUAAUGUUUCGAUCGAUAAUUUGGUUGCGGAGUUGAAUAGGAAGAAACACAAGGGUGAUGGAAAGUGAUUUGUGAUUUUUUUGUCGUAAAGUGACCUUGUGAUUUUUGUAUAGUUGUUUUUAUUAGCUGUAUAUUAAUACAGAAAUAGUUGGA